AUGGCGAUUCUCGAACACUUCCCUCACAUUGUCUUGCGACAGGAUGCAGAAGACGAGCCAGCACCAACAUGUGAAACCGGAAAUGAGUAUGACGGCCGUAUGGGCCUGCGUGUUGGAGCACUGUUCAUCAUAUGGGCCACAUCUUCUAUUGGCGCAACUUUCCCUGUGUUCGCGAAGAGGCAACAGGGCAUGCGCAUCCCAGAAUGGUGUUUUUUCUUUUGCAAAUACUUCGGCUCCGGUGUCAUCGUCACAACAGCCUUCAUUCAUCUCCUCGCUCCAGCAGAAGAUGCGCUUAGAAAUCCCUGUCUGACUGGACCGAUUACCGACUACCCAUGGGUCGAAGGCAUUACCCUGAUGACCGUAUUUGUCCUCUUCUUUGUCGAGCUCAUGGUCAUGCAAUAUGGGAAAUUUGGCCAAAGGAACGACUACGAAGCAGGCACAGAUCCCAUUCCAGCUCCCACGCCAACUCCCUACAAGGAUAAUAUCAAAGAGAAUCCAGAUCGGACAAUCGAAACAACGACUGCAUCCAGAAAUCGUUCCCCCAGCAUGCUCGCUCCGGGACAAAACCAUACGGCUCAUGUUCGCGAACACACCGACAUUGAAGACGCCGACAGCCGUUCGAUGUUUGAGGACUACAAAGCUCAGGUUACCGCUAUUUUCAUCUUGGAAUUCGGAAUCAUCUUUCACAGCGUUUUCAUCGGGUUGACCCUAGCUGUAGCUGGCUCCGAGUUCGACACCCUCUUCAUCGUCAUCAUCUUCCACCAAACAUUCGAAGGUCUUGGCCUCGGGUCACGGCUCGCGCUCGCACCAUGGCCAAGAUAUAAACAAUGGACUCCCUACGUCUUGGCUCUAGCUUAUGGGCUUAGUACGCCUAUGGCCAUUGGCAUCGGUCUGGGUGUGAGGACGACAUAUCCUCCAGAGAGUCAGACUACGUUGAUUGUGAAUGGUGUUUUUGAUUCUAUUUCCGCGGGCAUAUUGAUAUACAUCGGUCUGGUGGAGUUGAUGGCUCAUGAAUUCAUGUUCAGUAAUACCUUGAGAAGGGCCAAAAUCUCGGUGGUGCUUUCAGCAUUUACACUGAUGUGCUUGGGAGCUGGCUUAAUGGCUCUACUGGGAAAAUGGGCCUGA